UCUUGGAAACCGGUGAAUACUAAUACAAUUGCUAAAGUUGAUGAACAAUCAAACCGCUACCAAUCGGAAAAACACGUUAGUGCUGACGAAGCUGGCGGUGGUCAUUAUACUAAUAUUCCAACUAAGAACAGAUAUUCUGCACUUAGUGUGGAUGAAGCAAAUGCAGAAAUUGUUCCAAAGAAACCUGAUGUCUCAACGAAUUUAUCAAGCCCUGAACAACGUAGCAGGGAGCGGAAGAAUGCGAAACAAAGUGAUGCACGACACAAUGAAAAUCCUAAGAAUAAUAUGUCUGAACGUGCAACUCGCAAAAUAGCUAUUGUUGGGGACUCAAUGCUAAAACAUUUGAAAGGCUAUAAGGUGUCCAAAGAAAACAAAGUUAAAAUAUUCACAUUUCCUGGUAGUACCACUAGAGACAUGUUCGACCCUAUCAAGCCUGUGAUUAGAAAGAAAUUUGACCAAGUGAUUAUUCAUGUGGGUACAAAUAACCUACGAGAAUACGAAAGUUCCGCAGCCUGUGCAGAA